AUGAGUGGCCUGGCUGACAACCCCUGCUGCCACCGUCCACUCCGCCACUCUCAGUCCACCAUCCACUCCUUCUCUCUCAGUCCACCUCCACCGUCCACUCUCAGUCCUCCGUCCAAUCUCAGUCCACCGUCCACUCUCAGUCCUCCGUCCAAUCUCAGUCCACCACCGUCCACUCUCAGUCCACCGUCCACUCUCAGUCCUCUGUCCAAUCUCAGUCCACCGUCCACUCUCAGCCCUCCGUCCAAUCUCAGUCCACCGUUCAUUCUCAGUCCUCCGUCCACUCUCAGUCCACCGUCCACUCUCAGUCCUCCGUCCACUCUCAGUCCACCGUCCACUCUCAGUCCACCGUCCACUCUCAGUCCACCGUCAACCGUCCACUCCCAGUCCACCGUCCAAUCUCAGUCCACCGUUCACUCUCAGUCCACCGUCCACUCUCAGUCCACCGUCCACUCUCAGUCCACCGUUCACUCAAAAUAA